GACGCUAGCAGUAGGCCCGGAGCGCGCGGGCGCAGCGGCCGGGGAGAGGCGAGCGCCGGCCCGGCUCGCAGCCGCAUGGAGCGGAGCUCGGCCCGCGGCUCCCGGGCGGCAGUGGCGGGGGCGGCGCAGGCGGAGGCUGCAGCGCGCCGCUCGCUCACACCCACCCCCGCCCGCGGCCGCUGCGCCGCCCCGCCGUAGCCGCCGGCCGCCGGCGUCCCCGCGGGCCGGUCCAGCGAAGGCGGCGCCCGCGCUUCUGCAGCCACAGGCAGCUGCAAGCCCGAGGAGGCGGCUCCUGCAGCCCCCCUCGCAGCCCCGCGCCCUGGGCGGCUUGCGGCCAAAGCGGCCGGCGGGGAAGGAAGCAGAGGAAGCGGAGGUGACAAACUCUCAGGCGCGGCCCCGCGGCCCGCAGCCCCGCGCUCAGGCAUGCAGGCGCGGCGUCUGGCCAAGCGCUCCAGCCUGGGCAGCCGCCGCGGGGGCGCCGCGCUGCAGCCGCCCGGGCCCGCACUCGCGUCCGCCAAGGAAGCCGCGCUGCCCGGGCUCCCGCCUCCUGCCCCGGGCCCUGCCCCGGCCCCGGCUCGGGAGAGCUGGAGGCCGCCCUUGCCGCCGCCACCGCGCAGCGCCGGGACCGGCCCCCCUCGGGCCACCGGGGCCGUCGCCGCCGCCUCGUCGCCGGUGCUGCUGCUUCUGGGAGAGGAAGACGAGGACGAGGAGGGCGCGAGCCGGCGGCGGCGGGGGCUCGGGCCGGUAGAGGAGAAGCCCCGAGGGGGCGCGGAGGAGGAGGAUGACGACGAGGAAGACGAGGACGAGGAGGUGGUCGUCGAGGUGGUGGACGGCGACGACGACGACGACGACGGCGAGGAGCGUUUCGUGCCCCUCGGACCCUGCCGCGCGGUCCCCAAGGGCCCGGCCCGGGGUGCGCUGAAGGUGGGGAGCAUUAAGCGGGAAAUGACCUUCACAUUUCAAUCAGAGGACUUAAAACGUGACUCCAGUAAAAAGAUGUCUCAUCAACACCUGUUCCCCUUGGCCAUGGAGGAAGAUAUGAAAACAGCAGACACCAAAAAAGGCAAUCGGAUCCUUGACCAUGAGAAAGAAAACACCCGCUCCAUCUGUCUCCUUGAGCAAAAACGAAAAGUUGUUUCUUCUAAUAUCGAUGUUCCUCCAGCAAGGAAAUCUUCAGAGGAGCUGGACAUGGACAAGGUGACAGCAGCCAUGGUACUAACCAGUUUGUCAACCAGCCCUUUGGUUCGAAGCCCUCCUAUGCGGCCAAAUGAGGGCCUCAGCGGAUCCUGGAAGGAGGGCACCGGCGUGCCUUCCAGCAGCAGCAGCAGCGGCUACUGGAGCUGGAGCGCCCCCAGUGACCAGUCCAACCCGUCCACGCCGUCGCCGCCACUGUCAGCCGACAGCUUCAAGCCCUUCCGCAGCCCCGCACCGCCCGACGACGGCAUCGAUGAGGCGGAGGCCAGUAAUCUGCUCUUCGAUGAGCCCAUCCCCAGGAAAAGAAAGAACUCCAUGAAAGUGAUGUUCAAAUGCCUCUGGAAAAACUGUGGGAAGGUGCUGAGCACGGCGGCAGGCAUCCAGAAACACAUCCGGACCAUCCACCUUGGGCGUGUUGGGGAUUCUGACUACAGUGAUGGCGAAGAGGACUUCUACUACACUGAGAUCAAGCUCAACACGGAUUCCAUGGCAGAUGGACUCGGCAGCCCGGCCCCGGCUUCACCCUCCCAAUCCUUGGCUUCACCUCCUACAUACCCCAUCCCAGAGUCAAGCCGAACAGACACUCCUUGUGCCAAAACAGACGCUAAACUGAUGACACCCCUGAGCCGCUCAGCUCCUACCACCCUCUACCUCGUGCACGCCGACCAUGCUUACCAGGCCACACCCCCCGUGACUAUUCCAGGGUCAGCCAAGUUCACCCCCAAUGGCAGCAGCUUCAGCAUUUCUUGGCAGUCUCCUCCCGUCACUUUUACAGGCAUUCCAGUGUCACCAACACAUCCUCAUCCAGUGGGCACGGGAGAGCAAAGACAGCAUGCCCACACAGUGCUGUCCUCUCCACCCAGAGGUACAGUCAGCCUAAGGAAGCCCAGGGGCGAGGGCAAGAAGUGCCGGAAGGUGUAUGGGAUGGAGAAUCGAGACAUGUGGUGUACCGCCUGCCGCUGGAAGAAGGCCUGCCAGCGGUUCAUCGACUGAGACAAGCAGGGGGCCCGGCGCCCAGAGCCACUGCUGACCUCGCCUCCUGCUGCAAGUGCUGGAGAAAGCUUUUUUCUUCAGAACAAAACACAAUCCUGGAGCCCAGGGGAAGCACUUCCAGGAACUUGGUGGAAUUAGAGCAAAAAAAGCAAGAAAACCAUCACCCUCACUGCUCUUACUGAGAAUCCAAACCAGAGCAGCUAAAACUCUUUGUUUUCUGCAAAAGACAAGUCAACUUUGUGCUGUCUAUCUAGGUCAUAUCUUAUAUAAACUUUUGUCGUAAUUGUGCUAACAAAGCCCAUUUUACCUAGAAGGAAGCAGGUUUUUUAUAAGAUUUCUGCAUUACGCCAUUUCCAAGAUGUUUUUGUCACUUAAGAAAGAAUCCAUAAGGUACAUGUGAUUCAGUAGCCCUUGUACAAAGAAUGAUGGCUACUUAGUAGUUUUUUUCCCUGUUUUCCACUCUGACUUCUGGCAGCAGUACACAUCAUGAUGUGUUGCAACCAAGUGCAACACUCCAGGUAUCUUUUCUAUGACUUUUUCCAUGUUUUCUUUUUAAGAAUGGCCCCCAGACUAAACCCAGAAACGCCGUUAGCCUGGAAGGCCCCUGAGAGCAUAAACUCUCAGAGCAAUCAGCAAUGGAAAUGACAAGCAGACCCUGAGCAGAAUUCAGGAAAAUCCAGCUGCCACUGUUGGGACACAGCUCUUCAAAAUCCUUGGAUGUGGAAGAAGCUCUUCCCCAAGAUGCAGCACAGCUCAUCCUCUGCCUGCCUUGACUCAGUCAGGAACUGGCCCCUGUGGCCGUCUGGGAAAGCUCCGGUUGCUUCCCUGCGUGAUGGGAUAGAAACUGCAUCUUGAAUCUGGUUGUUACUGCCUGUCCAUCAUGAUUGUGAUCAUGCUAAUGGGUCAUAGUAUGUCCCUCAAAACUCCACCACUGACUGAUUCCAGAAAAGGUAGAAAAUUCCAGACUACCGUAGCAGGUUUGUUUAGACAAAAGAGCACAGCCGACAUGCCCCCAUCCGAUCUGAAAAUCGUUUGGUCUACAAACCAACCUCUGUCUUGAGUGCACUUUUUUAAUGGGUUUUAUGCUUUAGCAUGUCGGGGAGAUGGGUUAGAGAAUAAUAUCAACAUUUUAUGGGUAAAUGGGAGGUCCAAGCCUUUAUUUUUCUUACACAAUCUUGGAGCUAUUUGUCUAGCAUUUGCUCAGUAGGGAACACACAGAACACCCAAAGGAAAAUGCGCGGUAUAGGAAUAUUGGCAGAUAGUAGGGCAGGGGCUUGCAUUAGGCUCCAUAUCUUGAGUUUCCUAAACCUGCUUGAUGCUUGCUUGCUUGCUUGCUUGCUAGUUGGUUGGUUGGUUGGUUUGGGAGAAAGACUGAGUCAGCAAGCCCCACCAAUGAGUGCAUUCUGUGUCUACCCUAUUCUGGAAUGCCCUGCUAAAGAGUUAUUUUCCUAUACCUAUGCAAAAACAUAAGAGCACCUUAUUGGAGGCACUGUGUCAAAGCGGGAGAUGAAGGGCCGGCCACAGGAAUGUUUAAUUGCACAGGGGAAAGUUUAAUAUAUGUCUAGAGUGUGUAUAUAUGCUUUUUUAAAGAAUACAGAGAAGUCAUCAAGAAAUAAUGGAUAUCAUUUCAGAUAUAGAUAGAUAGAUAUAUAAGCAAGAGAAAUAAGAGGAACUUUGACAACAGCCACAAUGUGCACUCGUAUUUUGACAACUUGAUUAUUAAACCCUCUUGUGACUUUAUAAAAGUAUUCCUUGGAAGA